AUUUUUCUCUGUAAAGCACGAUGAAUUGCUUCUAUGUAUGAAUUGUGCUAUAUAAAUAUAAAUACUGCCAUAUCCAAUGUUUAGUAAUAUUACUCGAAAUGCUGCUAUAUCAAUAAUACUACCCAGAUUGCUGCUAGUUUACAGUACUCUUUUUUUUUUUAUAGCUGCUAGUGUACAGUGUUGUGUAUAUUAUUGUUAUUUUAUUAUUACUAUUCUGUCUAGCAAAAUUUUUUGCUUAUACAAUCUUCUUCUUAACUCUAACUACGCAGUUGUCAGGUGCCAUGUCAUAAGAAUGUCAUUGUGCAGAAUGAAAGCGUGUCAUUUGAUGCAUUUGACAUAUUUACCUUGAAACUUGAAACUCCAUUUACUUAUGUUCUGUUUGUGCAAGUCUUUCUACCAUUUUCCUCUCCACCCAUUAUUCAAAUGUUUCCAUAAUAUUGUGUAAUUUGUGACAAAUGCACAGUAUAAAAGAGGAGAUGGAGUAGAAAAUAGUAAAAGUAAGAAUACAGGAUCUUACUGAAGUAAAUGAGUUUCAGAAUGAAGGAUGUUACAGUAUUCAUGCUGGCACUCUGUUGUUGUCUGUCUGGGACCCAGGCUCAGGGAAACAAUGACAACCAGAAAACCUGCUGUCUAUCUGACACUUGUUCCCUGGCAAAAGAACUAGUAUCCAUUGGAGAGAAACUAGGAACCAUGGUGGAGAAACAGGGAACUAUGGGGGAUAACCUGAGACUCAUGGAGACCAGGUUACAAACCAGCGAGAAGGAAGUGGAGGAGCUGAAGAGAUUAAUUGGAGGCCAGCCUAAGGUGGCCUUUUCUGCAACACUCCAAGAGUCAGGUUCUGGGGACACUGGACCUUUCAAGACUCCGACUCCUCUUCAGUACAAGAAGGUCUUCUCAAACACCGGAAACUCCUACAACCCAGCCACAGGUGUCUUCACAGCCACGGUAAAAGGGAUGUACUAUUUCCGUUUCACCAUGAUGAACAACCAGGGUAACCCUCCCAAUUCAGCAGUGUGUCUCACCAAGAACGGCCAGAGGCUGGUGUCUGUCUGGGACACUGCAGGAAAUGAUUCCCACGACAGUGGCAGCAAUGCAGUGGUCAUUCCCCUGGAGCUGGGAGAUCAGGUCUAUGUUGAGUUGCAGGCUAACAAGCAGAUCUAUGAUGACUUUAUGUCCUACAACACCUUCAGUGGCUUCCUGCUCUUCAUCAUGUAAACAUGAAACACACUCCAGGAGUUCAUUUGCAGAAUGUGUUAAGAUCCAUUUAAGUUUAGGAGUGUCAUCUGAUAAAGCAUGAAAAACAUGAUAACAAUAAUAU